AUGUCCUCCAUGGCGAAGACUUCCAAGUACACGUACCGCAGCAGUGGCGGAGGCACUACCGACGUCAACAUCGAGUACAGCACCGACCUGAGUGCUUUCUCCAGGCUGGAGGACAAAAUCCGUCUCCUCCAAGAUGAUCUGGAGUCCGAAAGAGAGCUGCGUCAGAGGAUCGAGAGAGAAAAGGCAGACUUGAGCGUGCAAGUAAUUCAACUUUCCGAAAGGCUUGAGGAAGCUGAAGGCGGAGCCGAAAGUCAGUUCGAGAUCAACCGAAAACGUGACACUGAACUUACCAAGCUUCGCAAACUACUGGAAGAUGUCCACCUGGAGUCCGAGGAGACUGCGCACAUGCUUAAAAAGAAACACCAGGAGAUCAUGGCCGACUUCCAGGACCAAAUCGACCAGCUUACCAAAAGCAAAGCCAGGGCUGAGAAGGAGAAGUCCAAAUUCCAAGCAGAGGUAUACGAGCUGUUGGCCCAGGUAGAAAAUAUCAGCAAGGAGAAGAUCUCAUUCUCAAAAACAUGCGAGAAGUUAGAGAUCACCAUCAGCGAACUUCACAUCAAAAUCGAGGAACUUAACCGCACAAUUGUGGACAUCACCUCCCACAAGCAACGUCUUUCUCAAGAAAAUGUGGAGCUCAUCAAGGAAGUUCAGGACCUUAAGGUCAACAUUGAGAACGUCAUGUACCUUAAGAGCCAGGUGGUUAGUCAGCUUGAAGACUCCCGUCGUAGACUUGAAGAUGAAGAGAGAAGGCGUUCUCUGCUUGAGGCUAACCUGCACCAGGUGGAAAUCGAUCUGGAAUCUGUUCGCGUUCAACUUGAAGAGGAAUCCGAGGCCCGUCUGGACCUGGAACGUCAAUUGGUCAAGGCUAAUGGCGAAGUUCAGCACUGGCGCUCUAAAUUCGAGGCCGAGGCUUCUGCGAGGUCUGAAGAGAUUGAGGAAAUUCGCCGCAAAUAUUCCGCCCGCAUUCAAGAGCAGGAAGAACACAUCGAGACUCUCAUUGCCAAGAUCAGUAACGUAGAGAAACAAAAGUCUCGUCUGCAGAGUGAGGUUGAAGUGCUCAUCAUCGACCUCGAGAAGGCCAAUGGAACGGCUCGCGAGCUCCAGAAGAGAACGGAACAACUCGAGCGCGUUAACAUUGAAAUCAAGUCCCGCCUGGAAGAGACCGUUCAGAUGUACGAGCAGUCGCAGCGCGACCUGCGCAUCAAACAAACGGAGUUCCAGCGUAUCUCCCACGAACUUGAUAAGACCCGUGAACAGAAGGAUGCUCUUGGCCGUGAAAACAAGAAACUGGGUGAUGACUUGCACGAUGCACGCGCUAACGUCACGGAGUUGACCCGCCGUCUUCACGAGCUCGAGAUCGAGCUGCGCCGUCUUGAGAACGAGCGAGAGGAACUCACUGCCGCAUAUAAGGAAGCUGAAGCUGGCCGCAAAGCCGAGGAACAACGCUCCCAGAGGCUGACCGCUGAGCUGGGCCAGUUCCGUCAUGAAGCUGAGCGCCGCAUUCAGGAGAAAGAGGAGGAAAUCGAAUCGAUCCGCAAGCAGACCAGCAUCGAGAUCGAGCAACUGAACGCCCGUGUUGUAGAAGCUGAAACUAAGCUGAAGUCUGAGGUCACCCGCAUCAAGAAGAAGCUGCAAAUCCAAAUCACUGAACUCGAGUUCUCUCUUGACGUUGCCAACAAAACUAACAUCGAUCUGCAGAAGACCAUUAAGAAACAAUCUCUGCAGUUAACUGAAAUCCAGACCCAUUACGACGAGAUUCAGAGGCAGCUCCAAGUGACGCUUGACCAGUACGGCGUCGCCCAGCGUAGAAUUCAAUCCCUCACCGGCGAAAUCGAGGAGAUCCGAGGCAAUUACGAGCAGGCCCUCCGCGCUAAGCGCACCGUCGAAUUGUCGUUCGAGGAGGCUCAGACCCGCAUCAAUGAACUGACCGUCAUCAACGUAAACCUGUCCAGCAGCAAGGCUAAGAUCGAGCAGGAACUCGCUGCCGUUGCCGCUGACUACGAUGAGAUUACCAAAGAACUCCGCGUCGCUGACGAAAGAUACCAGCGCGUCCAGACUGAGCUCAAACACACUGUAGAACACUUGCACGAGGAACAAGAAAGGAUUGUUAAAAUUGAAGCCAUUAAGAAGUCACUCGAGAUUGAAGUCAAGAACAUCUCCGUCCGCUUGGAAGAAGUUGAAGCUAACGCUAUCGUCGGAGGCAAGCGUAUUAUCAGCAAACUUGAGGCACGCAUCAAGGACUUGGAACUGGAAAUGGACGAGGAAAAGAGAAGGCACGCUGAAACCAUCAAGAUCCUCCGCAAGAAGGAACGUCAACUUAAGGAGGUCAUGAUUCAGUGUGAGGAAGACCAGAAGAACAUUUCCUUGCUCCAGGACUCCUUGGAAAAGUGUACCCAGAAGGUCAACAUCUACAAGAGGCAGUUGGCGGAACAGGAGGGCAUGUCUCAACAGAGCGUGACAAGAGUCCGACGAUUCCAACGCGAACUGGAGGCUGCCGAGGACCGCGCCGAAUGCGCCGAGAGUAAUCUCUCGCUCAUUCGUGCCAAGCACCGCACUUUCGUCACCACUUCCACGGUGCCCGGCUCUCAAGUUUACUUGGUACAGGAGUCCCGUUCCCUCAGCACGGAGUAA